UACUGGCUGUGACUGUUACGCGCUAUGGAGGACAAGGGCUUGAAGGAGGACGAGCUGCUGCGGAAGCUGAAGAACAGCCGCAGCCGCUUUCAGAUCCGCAUGCAGCAGCUGAUAGAGAAGUACAACCAGCCCUUCGAGGAUGACCCGCUGGUGCAGAUGGCCACGCUGACCUAUGAGACGCCCCAGGGACUGAGAAUUUGGGGAGGAAAACUAAUAAAAGAAAGAAGGAAAGGACAAAUCCAGGACCCCCUUGUGAAUGAGGUGGACAGGACAGAUGGCCCCGUGCAAGCUGAAGCCAAAGGUAAUGAGCAUUCGUUGCACUGCAUACAAGUCCUGGGAACUGAUUCAGAAAGCAGUGAUGCCAAAGCACCGUUAGACCAGGAGGAUCCAUUUGCUUGUGCCUUAAUGCCUGCAGUGCCUUGGAGCCCUUUGAAAGAUGAGCUAAGAAGGAAAUACUUGACCCAGGUGGAUCUACUGCUACAGGAUGCAUCAGUGUUUGAGGAUGCAGAUAAGGGAAGUGGAAAAGACACAGCCAUGACCCUGGUCCCCUCCUUGGCCUCACCCGCUGUGCCUGCCCCUGGACACUGUGGGAAUAUAUCUACAAUGAACCCUGGUGAUCCUGCAAAGCCAGUGUCCUCCCCCAGAGAAUGGGACCCCUCAAGCCCUUGUCCUACAAGCAUGGCCGUAGCCUCUGGAAAUGACAGCCUCUCACUACUGGAAACCAGCAGCAAUAGCUGCUUAAGCAGCCAGACUCUUGAAGCCAGUGACAUUUGCAAUGUGACCAUCAGUGACUUGUAUGCAGGCAUGCUGCAUUCGAUGAGUCGGCUGCUGAGCAUGAAGCCAUCAAGCAUCAUCUCCACCAAGACCUUUAUUGUCCAGAAUUGGAACCCCAGGAGGAGGCUCCUGCACAGGGGCAAGAGGAGCUCCAAGGAGAGGGCCGUGCCAUGCCCAAAGCCCAGGGAAAAGUCAGGUACGCUAAGAGACUGCAGGAACUUGCUACAUGUUACUCGCCACAGGACAGGUUUAAAACUGGAAAAGGCUUUCCUUGAGGGAAACAAACCCCAAAUCCAGAAGUUAGAUCCAUCUUGCAAGAUGCUUCAAAUGACACCCCAGAAGCGUUCUUCAUUGACUUAUUUAAACUUCAACUCAGUGCACCGUUUUGAUCAGGAAAAUAGGCUGAUGGCGUUAAAAUGGUUAAUUUCACCUGUAAAAAUGUUUUCUAAACCAAGAAUGCUUCAGGGCCCUGCAGAGAAUCGAUACAAGGAGAUUGAAAGCAAAUUUGACAAACUUCAUCAGGAAUGUUGUCCAUAUCCCAGACAACAACAGCCUCACCUGACUUGCCCCCCAAAUUCCUGGGCCAUGGAUGUGUACAGAGGUGGUUCUCUGAGCCCAGGUAGCCCCCAGGGCUUAGAAACCUACAGGUUGAGUUUACCAUUCAGCUGCUCAAAAGCAAAGAGUUUAAGUGAAGCUUUUGAAAACCUGGGCAAAAGGUCUGUGGAAGAAGGUAGCUUUCUCCCAAAGAGUGGUCUCUCUCCAUUAAUCUCAAAGGGCCUCCCCUCACAGAGCCCAGGCCACUCCCAACAGACCUUCAGAAAGACAGUACCGCCCAGAAAAGCUAUUUCAGUACCACGGACAGGACCUCUAGGUGAUGAGAGGAAUCGCUAUGAUAAAAUUGAAGAAGAGUUUGACAGGCUUCAUCAAAAGUGUUGCCAGACAUCACCCCGGCAGCCAAAGGUGCCCUUACAAGUUGGGGUGUCUCCGGGUAAAGCCAGUGCAGAAGUUCAGUGCCAAGCAAGAGACUCAUUAGGAAACUUCAGACUAGACUCUUGCUCCCAGAGUUUCCAAAAGUUGAAACCAUCACCCCAGGGGUACACAGGAAGUCCCCGGGGCUUGCCUACAAGUGAGGCGCCCCUGUCUGCAUGCACUGCUUGGGCUAGCACCACAAGGGACCCUCAGGUCCCUGCAAAGAGACGAAGGUUGUCAUACCCCCAAGUGUGUGAACGCCAUGCUGAUUCUCAGGAUUCUUCCGGCAGCAGAGACAAAACCGUCCCCAGGCCAGGAGAGUAG